GUCUGAUGAGACGGGGAACAGCGCGGAUGCGGACUAAGGACAUCACUUGGGUGAAUAUUUGGUCAAGAAGCAGCUGGGCAAGAAACUUGUGGAAACUACUCAACUGUCUGUUAGAAACCGCUUUGCUGUCACAAGAUGGAACAGCAGAUGAGAAAAACUAUGCAGAUGUCUUCCUCCUCCUCCUCCUCCACCACCUUCAGUUCCUCCAUCAGUUCCACCAGACUGCGAAAGGUCUCUCAGGGCUUGUCCAAGACUUUCGAUGACAGUACUGCGGUACAGCGUAAAACAUCAGCUGUGGUAGAGACCUUCAGUCAAGUACAGAAGUCCCUCAACAUCCCAGAGGGGGAUUCUGUCCCGGAUUUUGAGGAAAAGCUCCGCCCGAUCACGGCACAAGAGGGUGAUGGUGCUGCAUUCAAAGCCAAGCUAUCCGGGAAACCCAAACCCAGUGUUAGAUGGGAGCGAGCCAGUGGCAGUCCACUGUCGGCCGGCACAAAGGUGUUCUACGACGACAUCAACAAUCAACAUAUACUUAAGAUCAAAAAUCUGACUCUGGAGGAUGCUGAUGUCUACAAGUGCAUUGCCUCUAACGAGCACGGAGAAGCCAUCUACAGUAUAUCGCUUAUUGUUACAGAAAAUCCAGCACUGGACUUUAUAAGGAUGCUGAAGAAAUGCAGCGUGGAGAAGAGAGAGGAGAAGAAGCCUCCGACAGAAGAAGAGAUGCUAAAGAUCUUGUCCGGAGCUGAGAAGAAGGACUACGAGAGGAUCUGUGCGGAGUACGGCUUCACCGAUUUCAGAGGAAUCUUGAAGAAGCUGAAGGAGUUGAAGAAGAAAGUGGAAGUGGAGGUCGUACGAGUGCUGAAACCUUUGGAGGACAUCACUGCCAGAGCAGACAGCAAUGUUGUGUUUGAUACCAUCCUGGAACUGAAAGAUCCAAACAUGAAGAUGCAGUGGUUUUUGGGCACAGAACUGCUGCGCCUCCAGUACGCGCAUGGCAAAUAUGAAAUGAAACAGAUGGGAACCAAACACAUGCUGUGCAUUUCUAACGUGAGCCUCGCUGACGCCGGAACCUACAGCCUGCAAGUCGGAGAUAAGAGACAGUCAGCUAAACUUAAAGUCAUAGAUGAACCUCUAAAAUUCCUGUCUGAAUUCAAGCCAAUGAAAGUGACAGAACGCCAGACUGCUGUAUUCGAGGUGCGUCUAUCCAAGAAGACCAAUGUUCCUCUGAUCUGGAAGGUGAAAGGAAAGGAGGUAAAAAGGGAUGAAAAGUUUGAUGUGUUGCCGUCCGAAGACGGUCUGACCUACACCCUGAAGAUUAAAGACGUGAAAGUCAGUGACACUGGAGACUACACCAUCAGCAUCGGAGACAUCUCGGCCACCGUGCCGCUUUUCAUCGAGAGGAUUCCCAUCACCUUCACCGGCGCCUUGAAGAACGUGCGCGUAAAGGAGAAAGGCAAGGCACGAAUGGAGUGCGAGAUGAGCUCCAAGGAUGUGCACAUCCGUUGGCUGAAAGACGGGAGCGACAUCACAGCCAGCCGCCGCUACAUCUUCAUGCGUGAGGGAAAGAGGGCAGAGGUCAUCAUUGAGGAGUGUGAACAGACAGAUGAAGGAGAGUACUCCGUGGUCUGCACGCAAGACAACGACCCGCAGGAAUACGCCACUUCGGCCAAACUCACUGUGGAUGAACGUUUUGCCUCAGUGAAGAGUGGGAUGUCAGACACUCAGUGUCCUACGGGCAACCCUGCGGAGCUCUGUGUUGUCUUGGAUGAUGAGAAGGUGGAUGGAGUGUGGCUAAAAGAUGGACAGGAGGUUGCAGGACAGAGAGGAGUUCAGGUGGUCAAACAGGGAGCUGUUCACAAGUUGAUCUUCUCAGGCGUGACCGAUGCUCACGAGGGCAAGUACACCUUCAGAGCAAAGGGUGCGGAGAGUGAAGCUGUGCUCACCGUUGCAGAUCCGCCAGAGGUUGAUUCCUCUGUGCUGGACAUGUUGGGAACCCAACCGGUAACAGUGAAAGCGGGCCAGACUGCUACCAUUAAGAUCCCGUUUAAAGGGAAGCCUCCUCCCAAGGUCACAUGGUACAAAGACGGCGUGGAGGUUGUGGAGGGUAAGCGAAUGAAGGUGGAGCGGACUGCUGACAGCACCACGCUGGUGAUUAACAAAUGCGUGCGAGAGGACAGCGGUGCGGUUGUGCUUCGACUAAAAAGUGACAGCGGCACAGCUACUGUCAACUUGCAUCUCAACGUGAUUGACCAUCCGAAACCUCCUCAAGGCAAAGUGGAGUUCUUGGAGCUGUCCAGGAAGUGCAUCAAGAUGAAGUGGAAAGCCCCCAGAGACAAUGGUGGUAAGGAGGUGACCGGCUUUGUGAUAGAACGUCGUGAGUCAAGUAAAAAGUCAUGGACCAGAGUGGGGGAAGUAAAAAGCAGCGCCACCGUCUUCACUGACGACAAAGUGGAAGCGGGGCAAGCCUAUCAGUAUUACAUCAGGGCUGUCAACUCGGAGGGAAUGAGUGACCCUCUUGAGACUGAAGAGGUGUGCGCUGGAGAACCAAUAGAGCCUCCAGGCACAGCGUCCCAGCUUCAAGUGUCUGAUGUCACCAAGGACGCCAUGACAGUGAGCUGGACCCCGCCGGUUCAUGAUGGAGGAGCACCAGUUCUGGGCUACAACCUUGAGAGAAGGAAGAAGGGCAGCAAAAUGUGGCUGCAAGUCAAUAAGGAGAUGAUCACAGACUCUAAAUUUAUGGUGGAAGGGCUGGUUGCUGAUGUGGAAUAUGAGUUCAGAGUGAGCAGUAUAAACCAGGCCGGAGCAGGUAGUCCUAGUACUAUUUCCAACGCAGUUAUGGCCAAAGAUCCUAUACAAGCACCCGGCUUGGUGAAGAACUUGCUUGUUUCAGACUCCACCAACACAUCCAUUUCUCUGCGCUGGACACCACCUGAGCAGGGGGACACACCGUCAGGUUACAUUCUGGAGGUUCGCUCUAAAGAUGCCAAGGAAUGGAUGAAAGCCACUAAGAUCCCUAUUGCUGGUACUGGCUUCACAGUAGGGGGGCUUAAAGAACGAAUGAGAUACCGCUUUCGGAUCCGGGCUGUGAAUGAAGGAGGGCUGGGGGAGCCCAUUGAACUCUCAGAGGGCGUCCUCGCUAUGCCUCCUCCUGUGGCUCCCAAGUUUGAUCUUCAAGGUAAAAUCAAGAGUCAGAUGGUGGUCCGUGCAGGAAGUACACUUUGCCUUCAGCUGAGCUUCACCGCCUCCCCCCUACCGGUAGUGACCUGGUUCAAGGAUGGCAACAUCACUACAGGAAGAGAGGUCAUCACCAAAAGCAAUAAUCACUCCCAGUUCCUCAUCUCGUCCUCCCAGCGGAGUGAUUCCGGAGUGUACCGUAUCCACCUCAAGAACGACUAUGGAGAGGCUCACUACAACGUUAAUGUCCGGGUUACAGACUUUCCUCGGCCCCCGAAGAACCUUCGUUUGGUUGAAGAGGUCCCCAGGACUGUGACCAUGCAGUGGGAUCACACUCCAGAUCUGGCUGACGACAACGAGGGAGCCCAUUAUAUCAUCCUUAAACGAGAUACCGGCACUCCUUCUUGGUUUACGGUGGCCGAACGUGUCUUCAGCAACAAGUACACCGUUACUGGACUGCUUCCAGAGAGGAAGUAUUUCUUCAGAGUCGUAGCGCAGAACUCUAUUGGAGACAGCGAUCCUUUAGACUCAAAUGAAGCGCUCAUCAUCGCCAGGGAAAAAGAGUGCAUCAGCAGCCUUCGCUUGAAGGAAUAUGCUGGACCACCACGUCAGGUGAAACCUUCAUUCCUUCUUCACCUGAAGGACCAUGCAGUCCACCGAGGCCAUGACUGCACCAUGAGCUGCGCCUAUCAAGGAAUACCAACGCCACAGGCUUCCUGGUAUAAAGGAGAAUGUAAGAUCUCUGACUGCCCUCGCUUUUGGCAGAGCACCGCUAACGGAGUGUGUACCCUGGUCAUUCCUAUCUGCGAUGCUAAAGAUAGUGGGAAGUAUACUCUUGUUCUGGAGAAUCCGCUCGGGAUGGCAAAGUGCUCAUGCGACUUGGUGAUUUUUGAUAAGGAUGACAAGAACCUGCUGGAGAGCCUGGCUAACCAGGCAAACAAGGAGAAGCUUAUUUUGUAGGAGACAAUGUAUGCUUUGUUUGACAAGAUUCUGCAUACUAGCAAUUAUUUAGCUCGAACACACGCAUCUGCUAUUUGGAUUGUGGAAUGUUAUUUUCCUUCUGUGCAUGAACUUUCCCUGGCAGUGUAAUAAAUGAACACUAGAGGUCA